AUGGCGUCCCCUUCUCCCGACGAAGGGGAGUCCUUCGUCGCCGCAGCAGGCGGCGGGCUGGGCUUUGACGUGGGCGUAUUCAAGACGUAUCUCUCGGCGCUGUUGCCUCCAGUGAUGUCGGCAACCCGCCCCGAGAUUGAGAACAGUCUCUACGAUGACCCAAACUUCGAGGAGAAGAGUUUGCGCUUCGCCACCGACCCCGGCUGCCAAGUCGUAUAUGUCACCAAGGAGCGUUAUGUCGACAUGGACGAGGACGCUAACGCUCCCCUGCUCAUGGCCGACGACGGCACGCAGUCAGCUCCUGGCACCGUGAUCUCGACUCCGACUGCCCAGGCGUCGCCUUACGAUGGCCUUCACUCUCUCGUGCACUGGGGUGUUGCGCCUUGGUUCGACAGCUACGUUGCGUCCAAGGGCACACUGAACGAUGGACCCAUGAACAAGAAGGGCAAUGAGAGUCAGAUGGGUAUUCCCGUCACGAAGAAGAAGUUUGCAGAGCUCGAGCUUUCGCUUCUUCACUUGAAGCAAAAUGUCGAGAUCCCAGAAGUGCAUCUGUCCGUGCACCCCGCCAUCCGCAAGGCGGUCGCCCAGCGCGUAAGCGUUGAUGCAGUCGAGCCUGCCUCCCUUAUCUCUGAUCAGACCUUCCUCAACAAGCUCCAGGCCGACGUCAACUCUUGGAUCAAGGAGAUUCAAAAGGUCUCGAAACUGUCACGCGAUGUCGUCUCCGGUACGGCGUCUCAGGAGAUCAACUUUUGGUUGUCCAUGGAGCACGCCCUCGAAAACAUCGAAUCCCAGCUCAAGGGCGAGGAAGUCACGCUCGCCCUCGAUGUGUUGAAACAUGCCAAGCGCUUCCACGCGACCGUGUCGUUCAUCGCCGACACUGGUAUCAAGGAGGCGACCGAGGUUGUGCACAAGUACAAUGUGCUCAUGAAGGACUUCCCGCUCGACGAGCUGCUCGCGGCAACGGACCUGGAGAAGAUUAGGGAGUCGAUUCACAUGAUCUUUGCUCAUAUCAACAAGAAGCUCAAGCUCUCGCCGUACCCGAUUCGGCGUACGCUGCCGCUCGUGGAGGCGAUCUCCUCCGACUUUAACGACCAGCUCCUUCGCGUGCUCUCUGCACAGCGCUUGAUGUACAUGGACUACUCAAAGUUUGAGGAGGUCAUGAACUUGACGGCCGAGGUCUUUGGCGCCUGGGACGACAACAUGAAGGACUUUACCAAUGUUGCGCGUGAGGUAUCGCGCAAACGUGCGGAGAAAUUCAUCUCCAUCAAGAUCAACCCGGCCCACGCCAAGCUGCAGGAGCGUAUUGUGUAUCUGCGUGGCUUCCGCCGCUCGCACGAACAACUGCGUGUCAUGACGAGUUCAACCCGUAGCUUCAGCGGCCUGGGCAACGACGUUCCCUUUGACAUUGACAUGGAGGAAGAAGUCCGCCUCUCUUACGAAAGUGUCAAGAACGUCGACGUCCUCGAUGUUACCCCCGAGGGCUCAGAAAUUUGGUACGCUGCCGAGGUGUCGUACAACGACCGCGUUGCGCGUAUCGAAAACCAGAUCAUCUCCCGUCUCCGCGACAAGCUCGCGACCACCAAGACCGCGCAGGAGAUGUUCCGUGUCUUCUCCAAGUUCAACACCCUCUUCGUGCGCCCCAAAAUCCGCGGCGCCAUCCAGGAGUACCAGACGCGUCUGAUCGAUUCGGUCAAGGACGACAUCCGCGAGUUGCGCCAAAAGUUCACUGCCAACUAUCGUAACUCCCAGGCGUACCACAUGUCGCAGCUUCGUGACUUCCCCAGUGUCUCCAGUGCCAUCAUUUGGGCUCGCCAGAUCGAGCGUCAGCUCCUCACGUACAUGAAGCGCGUCGAAGACGUUCUGGGCAAGGGCUGGGAAAGCUACGCCGAGGGUCAAAAGCUCCAGGUCGAGAGCGCCAGCUUCCGCGCCAAGCUCGAGACAAAGCCGCUCUACGACGCGUGGAUUGCUGAGAUCACACGCCGCGGCAACCUUACCGUCACUGGCAGGUUGUUCGACAUCAUCCGCGCGCGUGCCACCAGCGCGAACCAACAGGGCAACCUGCAGCUUAUUGUCCAGUUCGACCCGCAGGUUGUCGCGCUGUUCAAGGAGGUGAGGGCGCUGAUUUGGCUGGGCUUCCCCGUCCCUCUCACCAUUACCCACCGCGCCAAGGACGCGAAGCGCGUGUACCCUCAUGCCGUCUCGCUCAUGGAAUCGGUCAGGACCUACACCCAAACGCUCGACUUGAUCGAGCAGAACCCCGACAUCGCCAUCCUGCUUGCCACCUACCGUAACACGGCCCAGCAGAUGAUCGCCCGCGGCAUCAACAUGCAAUGGGACCACCUCGUGAAUGCCUAUGAGAGCCACCGCUUCCUCGCAGGCUCCGAGGGCCGCGAGUCGCGCCACUUUGUCUACGUGCGAGAGUUCGCCAGUGUCGUGUCCCUGCUGCAGGACAAGACCGCGGCCCUGAUCGACAUUUCGAAUGACAUCAGCCGCAUCGUCGAGGAGCUCGAGACUUGUGCCUACACGACUGAGGCCUUCUCCGGUCUCCUCGGACAGGUUCAGAAGACGAUCGACCAGCUAAACCUCGAAGGCUACAGCAACCUCGAUGCUUGGGUGACUCAGCUGAACGAGCGUAUCGACGCUGCUCUCAGCCGCCGCUUGGCACUGGCGAUCGACGCAUGGUGUGCUGCUUUCACUAAGGCUGACGAGGAGCACGAAGCGGACCGUGAUACGAUUGUCGAUGACUCGAAGGCUGAGAUCAAGAUCAAGCCACUUAUCCACGAGGUUCGCAUUCGCAACCAGGUCAUCUACCUUGACCCUCCUAUCGAGCUCGCGCGUGCAGAGUGGCUUGCUCAGUUCCAGAACGCCCUCGGUGUUGUCUGCAACCUCAACAGGAUCCGCAGCUCGCGCUACGAAAUCACCCUGCAGGUUGAUGAGGCGACCGCCGAGGAGACCACAUACAUCGGCCUUCUGACCUCGUCCGACAAGCUCGAGCUGCAGCGUCCGCUCCAGUUGAUUGAGACCAAGGUGCAGUCCGUCGGUGCGUACGUCGACAAGUGGCUGCAGUUCCAGUCGCUCUGGGACCUCGAGGCAGACUAUGUUUACAGCCGACUGGGCGACUCGCUCUCCAACUGGGACCUCCUGCUCUCUGGUAUCCGUCAGGCACGCUCGACUUUCGACACUACAGACACUCGCAAGGACUUUGGCGUCUGUGUCAUCGACUAUGCCAACGCCCAGUCCAAGGUCAACGCCAAGUACGAUUCGUGGCAGCGCGACCUGCUUGCCAAGUAUGGCUCGAAGCUCGGCAUGACCAUGAAGGAGACACAUGCUGCGAUCCUCAAAGCGCGUACCGACCUCGAAGGCUACGCGAUCGAGGGUAGCUCUACUGCUCAUGUCGUUGCCUUCAUCACCUUUGUGCAAGACCUCAAGCGCAAGGUCGAGACCUGGGGACCCGAGAUUGAGCAGUUUGGUACCGGCCAGAAGACGCUCGAGCGCCAGCGCUACACCUUCCCCUCUGACUGGCUCUAUGUCGACCAGAUCCAGGGCGAGUGGAGCGCAUUCUCCGAGAUCCUCAAGCGCAAGGACGACUCCAUCAAGGAGCAGGUUGCCGGUCUUCAGCUCAAGAUUGUUGCCGAGGACAAGGUCGUCGAUGGCCGUAUCCGCGACUUUGUCGCUGAGUGGGAGGAGAAGAAGCCGCUGCAGGGCAACAUCAAGGCCGAAUUCGCCAUCAACACGCUCAAUGCCUUUGACUCUCGUCUCACUGUCCUCCAGGACGACUAUGAUCUUGUUUGCCGUGCCAAGGAGGCCCUUGACCUGGAGCACACCAAGGACGAGCGUCUCCAGCCUGUCACUGAGGAGCUUCGCGAUCUCAAGGCUGUUUGGACGGCUCUCACUGGUAUAUGGACUCGCCUCAACCAGCUGCGCGAGGGAGCGUGGUCGGCCGUCCAGCCCCGCAAGCUGCGCCAGGAGCUUGACAGCAUUCUCGGUUCGACUCGCGACAUGCCCAGUCGUAUGCGUCAGUACGCUGCGUUCGAGUUCGUCCAAGAGUCCAUUCGUGCUCUUCUAAAGUCCAACAUUCUCAUCUCGGAGCUCAAGUCGGAGGCUCUGCGUGAGCGCCACUGGACCAAACUCUACAAGUCUCUCCGCCUCUCGCACUCGUACCAGCCCUUGUCCAUGACUCUCGGACAAGUCUAUGACCUCGAUCUGCAGAAGAACCACGCUCUCAUCAAAGAGGUGGUCGUCCAGGCACAGGGCGAGAUGGCCCUCGAAGAGUUCUUGAAGCAAGUUCGUGAGACCUGGACUUCGUACUCUCUCGACCUUGUCAACUAUCAGAACAAAUGCCGCCUGAUCCGCGGCUGGGACGACCUGUUCUCCAAGUGCAGCGAGCACCUGAACUCGCUCACUGCGAUGAAGCUUUCGCCGUACUAUCGCGUUUUCGAGGAGGACGCGGCCUCGUGGGAGGAGAAGCUUAAUCGUGUGCACGUCCUGUUCGAUGUCUGGAUCGACGUUCAACGCCAGUGGGUGUACCUCGAGGGCAUCUUCUCGGGCUCUGCCGACAUCAAGCACCUGCUCCCUGUCGAGAGCAGCCGCUUCCAGAACAUCAACUCGGAGUUCCUAUCCGUCAUGAAAAAGGUGUACAAGUCGCCCUUCGUCCUCGACGUGCUGAACAUCCCCGGUAUCCAGAAGAGUCUCGAGCGUCUAGCGGACCACUUGAACAAGAUUCAAAAGGCGCUCGGAGAGUACCUCGAGAAGGAGCGUUCCUCCUUCCCCCGUUUCUACUUUGUUGGUGAUGAGGACCUGCUGGAAAUCAUCGGAAACAGCAAGGACAUCCACCGAGUCAUGAAGCAUCUCAAGAAGAUGUUUGCCGGCAUUUCCAUCCUGCACCUGGACGAGGAGGCGACGCAGCUAAACGCCUUUGCGUCCCGCGAGGGUGAGGAGGUUGCCUUCCGCCAACCGAUCGUCCUCAAAGACUAUCCCAAGAUCAACGACUGGCUGGCCAAGAUCGAAAGCGAGAUGCGCCUAUCCCUCGCUGUUCUGCUCUCGCAGGCCGUCAAGGACCUCCGCGACAUCUUCCGCAUCGAUGGAGACCUCUCGCCUGAGAGCCUGCUCGAGUGGAUCAGUGUCUACCCCGCUCAGCUUGUUGUCCUCGCCGUCCAGAUCGCGUGGACGGAGCUUGUCGAAAUGACCAUGCCCGAGGGCAAGCUUCAGAGCGCUCUUGACCUUGUCUCGCGCAUGCUCGACCUGCUCGCGGACACUGUCCUCCAAGACAUUCCAGUCCUGCAACGUCGCAAGUGCGAGCAUCUUAUCACCGAGCUUGUCCACCAGCGUGAUGCCAUGCGCACUCUCAUCGCCAACGGUACCACCUCUUUGACCGCGUUCGACUGGCUCUACUACAUGCGCUUCUACCUUGACGAGUCUAUCGACGAUCCGCUCUCGCGUCUGCAGGUCCGCAUGGCCGACGCCGUCUUCCCAUACGGCUACGAGUAUCUCGGUAUUCCUGACCGACUCGUCCAGACGCCUCUUACGGACCGCUGUUACCUCACCCUCACGCAGGCUCUCGACAACCAGCUCGGAGGUUCUCCCUUCGGUCCUGCUGGUACUGGAAAGACCGAGUCGGUCAAGUCGCUCGGUGUCCAGCUCGGACGCUUUGUCCUCGUCUUCUGUUGUGACGAGACCUUUGACUUCCAGGCCAUGGGCCGUAUCUUCAUCGGUCUCUGCCAGGUCGGCGCUUGGGGAUGCUUCGACGAGUUCAACCGUCUGGAGGAGCGCAUCCUCUCUGCUGUCUCGCAGCAGGUUCAGAGCAUCCAGCAGGGUCUUGCUUCUGCCGUGACCAACCCCGACACGGAGGUCGAGCUCGUUGGCAAGAGGCUCAAGAUCAACCCGCGCACCGGUAUCUUCAUCACGAUGAACCCGGGAUACGCUGGCCGCUCCAACCUCCCGGACAACCUGAAGAAGCUCUUCCGCUCGAUGGCUAUGACGCGCCCCGACCAGGAGCUUAUUGCGCAGGUUCUUCUGUUCUCAAAGGGCUUCCGCACUGCCGAGAUUCUUGCAUCAAAGAUCGUGCCCUUCUUCAACCUCUGCUCGGAGCAGCUCAGCGCCCAGCCGCAUUACGACUUUGGUCUGCGUGCGCUCAAGGCCGUGCUUGCCAGUGCCGGUAUCCUGAAGCGCAACCGCCACCUGGAUGGCAGCGACGAUAUUUCGGACGAGAUUGCCGAGCAGCAAAUCAUGAUCCAGUCUGUCACCGAGACGAUUGUGCCCAAGCUCGUCGCCGACGAUGUUCCUCUUCUUCGUGCACUCGUCGAGGACGUCUUCCCAGGCAUCGAGUACCGCCCAGUCGACCUUGGCGAGCUCAAGGCCAAGAUUGCAGAAGUCUGUGCCGAGCGUCGCCUUGUGGUUGGCGAGGCAUGGCUGGACAAGGUUAUUCAGCUGUACCAGAUUCAGAACAUUUCGCAUGGUCUCAUGAUGGUUGGUCCGUCGGGAAGCGGAAAGUCGCAGGCCUGGCAGGUCCUGCUCGCUGCCCUCGAGCGUGUCGAUGGCGUUGAAGGUGCUUCAUACGUCAUCGACCCCAAGGCUAUCGACAAGGAGGCGCUCUACGGUACGCUCGACCCGACCACUCGCGAGUGGAACGAUGGUCUGUUCACCCACAUUCUCCGCAAGAUUGUCGACAACGUCCGUGGUGAGACUGCCAAGCGCCACUGGAUCAUCUUUGACGGUGAUGUCGACCCCGAGUGGGUCGAGAACCUCAACUCGGUCCUUGACGACAACAAGCUUCUUACGCUGCCCAACGGUGAGCGUCUCAACCUCCCGCCCAAUGUUCGCGUCAUGUUCGAGGUCGAGCACCUUCGUUACGCCACCCUCGCCACUGUCUCUCGUUGUGGCAUGAUCUGGUUCUCCGAGGAGGUCAUCGACAUUGACAUGGUCUGCCAGCACAACCUCAACCUGCUCGCCAGCGUACCCAUCGUCAGCAGCGACGAGGACAUUCUCGAGUACGGUGCCGAGGCUGCCGCUCACCAGAGUGAGACGCAAAAGCAGAUUGCCACCAUCCUCGAACCUCACUUUGGCCCCGGUGGUUUGGUCCGUAAUGCCCUUGAGUUUGCCGCUAAGUCGGAGCACAUCAUGGACUACACUGCCACUCGUGCGAUCAACACACUCUUCUCGCUCCUCAAGGCUACGGUUCGCAACGUCAUCGAGUACAACCUCCACCACAGCGACUUCCCCCUGCCCGCGGACAAGGUCGAGGCGUACGUUACUCGGCGCCUUCUGCUCAAUGUGAUCUGGUCGUUUGUCGGUGACGCCAAGCUCGAUAUCCGUGCAGAGCUCGGCGAGCAGCUGCGUCUUACGUCUGGCAUUGAAACGCCCCCCAUGCAGCCCGGCGGGUCGCUCAUUGAUUACGACGUCAACGUUGCCAAUGCCGAGUGGGUCUCAUGGCAAUCGCGUGUGCCGACGAUCGAGGUCGAGACGCACUCGAUCACCUCUGCCGACGUGGUCAUUCCGACCAUUGACACUGUCCGUCACGAGGAGGUGCUGUACAACUGGCUCGCCGAGCACAAGCCGCUCAUCCUCUGCGGUCCUCCCGGUUCGGGUAAGACGAUGACUUUGUUCAGCGCUCUUCGCAAGCUCAGCAACCUCGAAGUCGUCGGUCUCAACUUCUCCAGUGCCACCACGCCCGAGCUCAUUCUCAAGACAUUUGAGCAGUACUGCGAGUACCGCAAGACGCCCAAUGGUGUUGUGCUCGCGCCUACCCAGAUCGGCCGCUGGCUCGUCGUGUUCUGCGACGAGAUCAACCUGCCCGCCACGGACAAGUACGGCACCCAACGUGUCAUUUCGUUUAUCCGUCAGCUCAUGGAGCGCAACGGCUUCUGGCGUACCAGCGACCUGUCUUGGGUCACUCUUGAGCGCAUCCAGUUUGUCGGUGCCUGUAACCCUCCGACCGACCCUGGUCGUGUGCCACUUUCACACCGUUUCAUGCGCCACGCUCCCGUUGUCAUGGUGGACUACCCCGGAGAGAUCUCGCUCAAGCAGAUCUAUGGUACUUUCAACCGCGCGCUCCUCAAGGUCGUGCCCAAUCUCCGUGGUAGCGCUGAGGCGCUCACCGACGCCAUGGUUGCGUUCUACCUCGCCUCGCAGAAGAGGUUCACGGCCGAUGUGCAGGCGCACUACAUCUACUCGCCUCGUGAACUCACGCGCUGGGCCCGCGGUAUCUAUGAAGCGAUCAAGCCGCUCGAGACGCUGUCGUUAGAGGGUCUUGUCCGUGUCUGGGCACACGAGGCCCUCCGCCUGUUCCAGGACCGCCUCGUGUCCGAGUCGGAGAAGAAGUGGACCGACGACGUGCUCGACGAGACGGCUGCCAAGUACUUCCCGAACGCAAACAUGUCCGAGGCUCUCGCACGCCCGAUUCUGUUCUCAACGUGGACGUCGAAAAACUACAUUCCGGUCGACCGCGAGGCGCUGCGCGAGUACACCAAGGCUCGUCUCCGCGUGUUCCACGAAGAGGAGCUGGAUGUGCCGCUCGUCCUGUUCAACGAUGUACUCGACCACGUACUCCGCAUCGACCGCGUGUUCCGCCAGGUUCAGGGCCACCUGCUCCUCAUCGGUGUCAGUGGCAGUGGAAAGACGACUCUGUCUCGCUUCGUCGCUUGGAUGAACGGUCUCAGCAUCUUCCAGAUCAAGGUGUCAAACAAGUACAGUGGAGCCGACUUUGACGACGACCUCCGCACUGUUCUCCGCCGCGCUGGUUGCAAGGGCGAGAAGAUUUGUUUCAUCAUGGACGAGUCCAACGUUCUCGACCCCGGAUUCCUCGAGCGCAUGAAUACGCUUCUGGCCAACGCUGAGGUGCCGGGUCUCUUCGAGGGCGACGAGCACGCAGCGCUCAUGACCGCGUGCAAGGAGGGCAGCCAGCGCGAUGGCCUCAUGCUCGACUCGCACGAGGAGCUGUACCGCUGGUUCACGCAACAGGUCGCUCGCAACCUUCACGUCGUGUUCACCAUGAACCCUCCCGCCAACGGUCUUGCUUCGCGUGCUGCCACUUCGCCUGCGCUGUUCAACCGUUGUGUGCUCGACUGGUUCGGCGACUGGUCCGAUCAGGCGCUAUACCAGGUCGGUCUGGAGUUUACGCAGACGCUCGACCUUGAGUCGCCCACGUACGCCCCGCCGGCCGAGUUCCCCAUCGCGUACCGUGAUCUCGCCAUGCCUCCCAGCCAUCGCCAGGCCGUUGUCAAUGCCAUGGUCUUUGUUCAUCAGUCGAUGCAGAACAUCACUGCUCGUCUGGCGAAGCGCCAGGGCAAGUACAACCACGUCACGCCCCGCCACUUUCUCGACUUUAUCAACCACUACGUCCGCCUGUUCACUGAGAAGAAGGAGGAUCUUGAGGAGCAGCAGCGCCACCUCAACGUCGGUCUCGACAAGCUCCAGGCUACCGUCACCCAAGUCGAGGAGCUCCGCCAGAGUCUCGACGCCAAGCGCUCGCAGCUCAACGUCAAGGAUGAGGAGGCGAACCUCAAGCUCAAGCAGAUGGUCGCUGAUCAGCAGGAGGCUGAGGCCAAGAAGGCUGCCAGUGUUGAGAUACAGGCGGCACUCGAGGAGCAGGACGCCUACAUUCAGCAGCGAUCCCAGAUCGUCAAGGAGGACCUCGCUCAGGCCGAGCCCGCCGUCAUCGAAGCGCUCGCCGCCGUUGGCAACAUCAAGAAGCAGCAUCUGUCUGAGGUCCGUUCGAUGGCGAACCCGCCCGAGACCGUCAAGCUUGCGAUGGAGUCGGCCUGUACUGUGCUUGGCUUCCACGUUGACAGCUGGAAGACGGUGCAGAGCAUCAUCCGUCGUGACGACUUCAUCUCGAGCAUCCAGAACUUUGACACGCACAAGAUGACCAAGGGUCUGCGCGACAAGAUGAUGCGCGAGUACAUCUCCAAGCCAGCGUUCAACUUUGAGACCGUCAACCGUGCCUCUCGCGCGUGCGGCCCCCUCGUGCAGUGGGUUAUCGCUCAGGUCCGCUUCAGCGAGAUUCUCGACAAGGUCGCUCCUCUGCGUGAGGAGGUUGCCUCGCUCGAGGAGCAGGCCGAGACCACCAAGCAGCAGGCCAUGGUCGUCGAGGAGACUGUCGCCGAGCUCGAGGAAAGUAUCGCUCGCUACAAGGAGGAGUACGCGCUGCUCAUCGCCGAGACGCAGUCGAUUCGUGCCGAGAUGGAGCGCGUUCAGUCCAAGGUCGACCGCAGCAUGUCCCUGCUCCAGAGCCUGUCGUCGGAACAGAGCCGUUGGGACGCCGGCAGCAAGACAUUCGAGACUGAGAUGGGCACCAUUGUCGGUGACGUCCUGAUUUCGGCUGCCUUCCUCGCCUACAGCGGCUUCUUCGACCAGCACUACCGCGACACGAUGCGCCGCGCUUGGAUGGACCACCUCUCCGAUGCGGGCAUUCGCUACAAGAGCGAGCUCGCCAUUGCCGAGUUCCUGUCCACGGCCGACGAGCGCCUGGAGUGGCAGUCGAACGCUCUCCCAGCCGACAGCUUGUGUGUCGAGAAUGCGGUCAUGCUCAAGCGCUACAACCGCUACCCGCUCAUCAUCGACCCGACAGGCCAGGCGACGACGUUCCUGCAGAACGAGUUCCGUGACCGCAAGAUCACUGUCACCAGUUUCCUGGACGAGGCGUUCCUCAAGAACCUCGAGAGUGCUCUUCGUUUCGGCAACCCGCUUCUCAUCCAAGACGUCGAGAACCUCGACCCCAUCCUCAACUCGGUCCUCAAUCGCGAGCUGCGUCGCACUGGUGGUCGUGUGCUCAUCCGCAUCGGCAACCAAGAUAUCGACUUUUCGCCGUCGUUCACCAUGUUCUUGUCGACGCGCGAUCCGAGUGUCGAGUUCUCGCCCGACAUUUGCAGCCGUGUUACGUUUGUCAACUUUACGAUGACGCGUGGCUCGCUCCAGACUCAGGCGCUCGACAAGGUGCUCAAGGUCGAGCGACCCGAGAUCGACCAGAAGCGCAGCGACCUCAUGAAGAUGCAGGGCGAGUUCAGGCUUCGCCUUCGACACCUCGAGCGCGCGCUCCUGCAGGCGCUCAACGAGAGCACUGGAUCGAUUCUGGACGACGACAAGGUCAUCGAAACUCUCGAGGUGCUCAAGCGCGAGGCCGCGGAGGUUACGAGCAAGGUCGAGGACACGGAUAUCAUCAUGAAGGAAGUCGAGGCUGUCACGGCAGAGUAUCUGCCGCUCGCGUCGGCGUGUUCCAGCAUCUACUUCACCCUGGAGCAGCUUGCCAACAUCCACCGCUUCUACCAGUUCAGUCUCGAUUACUUCCUGGAGAUCUUUGACUACGUCCUGCACCACAACCCCAACCUCAAGGGCAUCACCGACCUCGAGGCGCGCAAGACGACGUUGUUCAACGAUCUCUUCCUCGUCACCUACCGCCGCACUUCGCGGUCGCUGCUGCACACGGACUACAUGGUCCUCGCCGCCACUCUUGCCAAGCUCCGUCUCUCACGUAGCGACUUUAGUGCCGCCGUUCAAGAGGAGAUGGACGCCCUCCUCGAAGUUCCGGCCGGUACCGAGGCGACCGAGGCGGCCCUCACCGUCGAGCAGAAGCGCAUUCUCGACAGUCACCUCGGACAGGAGACCACCAAGGCCGUCGUUGCCCACAUCGAGGCAAACCCCAAGGAGUGGGGUGCUUUCAUGGCCGACGACGAGGCGGAACGCAACAUUCCCUGGCCGUGGGCCGAGGCCGACAACAUUGUCACUUCUGCUCGCCGCCUUGUUCUCGUCAAGCUGUUCCGUCCCGACCGCAUGGUCCAGGCGCUCGCCACGUUCGCCAACCAGGCGUUCGGCUGCGACCUCGCCCAGAUCUCGGACUACGACUUUGCUGCAGUCGUCAAGGAGCAGGUCAAGCCGACAAACCCGCUUGCCCUCGCCUCCGUGCCAGGCUACGACGCGAGCUACCGUGUGGACAAUCUCUGCCGCUCACUCGGUGUCACCUGCACAUCGGUCGCUAUGGGCUCCGUCGAAGGCUUCACACUCGCCGAUCAGGCCAUCGCCAAUGCCGCCCGUACUGGUGGUUGGGUCCUACUCAAGAACGUCCACCUCGCGCCGUCGUGGCUGGCGCAGCUGGAGAAGCGCCUGCACUCGUUGUCCCCAGCUCAGGGUUUCCGUCUCUUCCUGACGAUGGAGACCAACCCCGUGGUGCCCGUUAACAUCCUCCGCCAGUCGCGUAUCAUCAUGAACGAGCCUCCUCCCGGUGUCCGCGCCAACCUGCUCGACACGCUCCGCGGCCUCCCCACUCUCAGCCUCAAGAGCGGUCCCGCCGAGAAGCCUCGUCUUCUGUUCCUGCUUGCCUGGCUCCACGCCGUUGUCCAGGAGCGUCUGCGCUACCUUCCUCUCGGAUGGAGCAAGUCCUACGAGUUCAACGACUCAGACUUUGUCGCCGCUUACAAAACGAUCGAUUCGUGGAUCACGGCCCUUGCAAAGGGCAAGGCAAAUGUCGACCCCGCUGCCAUUCCAUGGGUCGCUCUGCGCACCAUCAUCAAGCAGGCUGUCUAUGGCGGUCGCAUCGACAGCGACUAUGACCAACGUGUCCUCGACGCCUUUGUCGACGCCGUGUUCACCCCCAAGGCGUACGACCCCGACUUUGCUCUUGUCAACCUUGACAAGCCGCUGCUCGUUCCCGAGGGUACGAGCAUGCAACAGUUCAUCGACUGGGCCCAGGCGCUCCCUGAGCAUGAGCCGCCCAGCUGGCUCAGCCUGCCCGGUACUGCCGAGCGAAACACGACGGUUGUCAAGCUUCGCAAGAUGCGCACGACGGAGGACGACGAGGAUGACUCGCCGGCCGUGGUUGACGGGGAUGGUCGCCCGGCAUGGAUGACCACACUGAAGGCAAACGCCCAGGAGUGGCUCGACGCUCUCCCCAAGCGCGUCCGCAAGGACCUGUCCGAUCUGAUCGCCGUGUGCGAUGGCCAGAUGAAGCAGACCAACGAGCUCCGCGCACUCCUAACCGAGCUCAACCGCGGUAACGUCCCGCCCCACUGGGCGCGCUACAAGAUGCCCAAGGGCACGAGUGUUGGACAAUACUUUAACGACCUCGUCAAGCGUCUCGAACAGCUGGAGACUGUGUCGACCAGCCAAAACUAUGGUGGCGGUAUUUGGCUCGGCGGUCUGUUCCAGCCCGAAGCAUACAUCACCGCGACCCGCCAGGCGGCUGCUCACGCCCAGGGAUGGAGUCUGGAGCAGGUGUCGCUCAGCCUGCGUCUCGAGUCGAGUGGCAGUCCGGAGGCUUUCGCCAUCAAGGGUGAGUCAGCUCGCUUGUUGGUAGCUGACAUUACAGGUCUCAAGCUGCACGGUGCCAGGUGGGAGGACAAGCUUGUUUUGAACGACGGCCAGGUCGUGUCGCUCGACACGUGCGAGCUGGCAUGGACCAAGGAGAGUGUCGAAAAGGACACGGUCAACGUGCCGGUAUACCUGAAUGGCGACCGUGGCGAUGUGUUGUUCAGCGCCAACCUCGCCGCCGAUGUUAGUGCGGCGGUCGUCGCCGAGCGUGGCCUGUGUGUCACUGCAGUGUAG